AUGGCGAAGUCCCUAUCUCUCAGAUUUUAUAUUUUUCCUUCAAGACCUGAUGCUGCGAAGAAGAUCCUGGCAGUUGUCCGGCAACUCCACGAGGGGCUGCUGCCCAAUCGGUUUGAUCCAGAAGCUUUGGCUGGCAGUGUGCCAGCAAAUGUGAAUUAUGUCGAGCUCGGUCUCCGCUACUAUCUCGGGUGCCCGGCUAGGCAUAUCGGCCCCAACCUCGGCUGCCCGACUCAACAGUGGAUGCUUGCUCGUUCUGCUAGAAGGCCAAGGUCGUCUCGCUAUCUCCAUCUUUCCGCGGGUGAUUUUCACGAAUCCAACACCCAAGAUGGUGGCAGGCUGGCGAGGUCUUUGCGAGAAUGCGCUCGCAGCAGGGAUCUCUCCAGGGGUAAGUCCCUACACAGGCAGAUUACUGGAUCGGGGAUGGGAUCUGAUAGAUUCCUGGCAAAUCUUCUCAUGGAGAUGUAUGGAAAGUGCCAGGACGUGGGUAAGGCAGAUGCGGUGUUUAGAAGCAUGGGCGACAGGAACGUUUUCUCGUGGAACAUUAUCAUUGCGGCAAAUGCCCAGACCGGGCAUGGCAAGAAGGCAUUGCAUUUGUUUCGAGAGAUGGAUCUGGAAGGAGUCAAGCCGAGCGAAGUAACGUUUGUGAGCGUCAUAUCGUCGGUCUCCGAGCUUGGUUCGAUCGAUCUAGCGGUUUAUGUACGUGCUCGCGUGGAUGCCUGUGGAUUUGGAGCUCAUCUCGUCGUGGGGACGGCGCUCAUCGGUAUGUAUGGCCGAUGCAAGCGACCGGGAGAAGCUCGCGAGAUAUUCGACAGCCUACGUGAGAAGAACGUAGUGUCCUGGACAAGUAUGAUCCGAGCGUAUGCUCUAAGUGGCCAAAACCGAGAGGCCGUGAAGCUCUACAAGGCUAUGGACGUGACUCCAAACGAGUAUACUCUGGCUUCCAUCGCCGAGGCCUGCGAGAAUCUGGAAGAAGCAAGGGAGAUCGAGACAAGAGCCGUGGAUGGCGGUUUUGGAUCCGUGAGAGCCGUGGCACUGGCGAUCGUUGGCAUGUUUUGCAAGCUCGGGAGCCUGGACGAUGCGCGGAGAUACUUGAUCCGGCACGACGCAAAAAACGUUUUUUGCUGGAACCAACUGAUCGCAGCGCAAGGCCGGAGCUCGAGCUCGAGCACGGCUAUGGAUUUGUACCGGGAAAUGCGACGAAACCACGGCGUGGAGCCCGACUGCGUCACGUACCUCGAGCUCCUCAAGGUGUGCUCGGACUGGAAGCUCGGGCGGGAGCUCCAUGCAAGCGUUUUGGAGCACGGAUUCGAGCAGGACGAGGUCGUGAGCAGCGCGCUGGUGACGAUGCAUGGGAGAUGUGCCAUGCCAGACGCCGCGAGGAAGAUCUUCGCAAGCAUCGAGAGGAAGAACGUCGUAUCCUGGACGACGAUGAUCGCGGCCUACGCGCAGAGCGAUCGCAGCGACGAGGCGAUGGAGCUUUUCCACGCCAUGGACUUGGAAGGCGUGAGGCCGAGCGAGCAGACGUUCGUGAGCGUCGUGCACGCGCUGGCAUCCAGUUCUUCUUCCAGGGACGAGCUUGCCGCGCUCGCGGCGGCGAGAUCGCUCGAGGAGCGCGCGCUGCGAUCCGGGCUAGGAAUCGAUGGCGUGCUCGGGAAUGCGAUGGUGGACUUGUACGGCAAGCGCCGGCGGCCGGACGAGGCGAGGGGAGUCUUUGACGCGAUGCGCUCGAGGAGCGCGGUGGCGUGGACUGCGAUGAUCCAGGCCUACGCCCAGAGCGGCCGCCGCGAGGAAGCGUUCGCGCUGUUUCGCGAGAUGGAGAUCGAGCCGGCUGCGACGACGUUUGUGAGCGUGCUUGAGGCCUGCGCAGGGAGCUCCGACUUGGACGCCGGGCGGGAGGUUCACUCCGCGGUUGUGUCGCGCGGCUUGGAGUCGGACGUGUUCGUGGGCACCGCGCUGAUCGACAUGUUUGGCAAGUGCGGUGAUUGCGACGCUGCGCGAUCGUCAUUCGAGCGCAUUGCCGACAAAACCAUCGUGCCGUGGAACGCCAUGCUCGCGGUCUACGUCCAAAACGGCCGCCCGAGAGACGCGCUCGAGCUCUUGAACCACGGCGGUACAGUCAACGGCAGGGGCGGUACGGUCAAACUAGUCAAUGCGACGGGCGGCACUGGCGGCGUGACGCCGGACAAGAUCACAUUCGUGCUCCUGCUGAACGCGUGUGGCGCGCUGGGCGAGAUAGCGGUGGGGAGAGCGCUCCACCGUGAUGCCAUCCCGGGCGAGCUCUUGGGCGAGAGCUCGUGCAUCGGCAACGCGCUGGUGGCCAUGUACGCGAGCUGCGGGAGCUUGGAGGAGGCCCGCGUGGCAUUCCGCGGCAUCCAGCGUAAGAGCCUCGCGAGCUGGAACGCCAUGGCUGGGGCUGUGGCGGCGCUGGGCGGGUCACGAUCUUGGAGCGCGAGCAUGGAGCUCUUCUCGGAGAUGGAGCUCCAAGGAUUCAACGCGGACGAGGCGAGCUUGGCAGGGAUACUCUCGGGAUGCAGCCACGCCGGAUUGAAGCACCAAGGGUGGCGGAUCUUUGUGUCCAUGACCGAUGACUUUGGAGUACCUUGCAGCGCUGUGCACUACGUUUGCAUCGUCGACAUGCUUGGUCGGCUGGGGCAGCUCGACGAGGCCGAGAGCUUGCUGGGCAGCAUGCCAUAUCAGCCGGGGCUGGUGGGCUGGAUGACGCUGCUGGGGGCGUGCGGUAAGCACGGUGACGUAUGCCGAGGCGCCAUUGCCGCGCAGCAUGCCGCGGAGCUUAACGACCGGAACGCUGCCGCUAACUACGUGCUGCUGGCUAACAUGUAUGCAGGGAUCAUGUAUGCUACCGAAGGUGGAGAGUUUUGA